GCUGCAGAGAUCCCCUGCAACAGUUCGGUGUAUGUACCAGGCAUCGGCUGUAGCUUAAAAAGAGUAAAGUGUUUAUGUUAAUGUUAGCCGAUUGUGAUCACGUGAGACAGUGAACUGUUUGUGUAGCGUUAUGUCUAGUCUAAGCUCAGAUUGUGAAUCUUUAAACUAUACGGAAUCGGAAGCCGAAAGUGAUUACGAUGUUGGUCAGGAGGAUGGACAGCCGGCACACUACAAUCACACCCUCGAGGUGCAAAACAUUUUACACAGUCAUGUGGACAUUACGACCAAAAAUGCCGUUGGUCUUAACCAUCAGUACAAGGCGAAGUUAGUCGUACUACGCCAACAGCUGGAGGGGUUGCUGUUACGAUGCCAAAAUAGGUUGCUGGAGGUUGACAAAAGUCUGGACGACAUUCGGCUGAAUCUAACGCCCAAAGCACGGCCAUCGCGGCCACGCCAUCCGGGGUACAUCUGUGGGCAGCCGUUCUUCAAGGAUCACGACCUUUACCCCGGUCCCCACAACGAGGACUAUCUGUACCGGAAGAACGUGAAGAAGGAAUUUUUUCCACUUGAUUUGUUUGAGUCGAUUGAAACGUUCUGGACACGCAGGGACAAGCAGAUGCUGAGGGAAAGCAUAGCGACGCAGGCAUACGAAUUCGUGCACAGAGAGAACCAACUGCGGCAUAAAAUGUGCAACCGUUCAGACAACGCAAGGCGGAUAAAGAAAGAAUGGAUCGGACUAAAAGCGCUACCGUUAGCAGACAUUUGGCACCAAGCGCAGGCUUACGAUGGCAAGUAUGGAAGCCAAAAGUUCAAUGUGGAUUGGCUGAAAAUAUCGGCGGCCAUCAUGAGCGGACGCCACUCGGCCGUCACUUGCGAGGGCAUGUGGAACAACUUCCUCAUGCCCGGCCUGAAACGGUGCAUGUGGACAUCGGACGAAGAAUCGAAGCUGGUUCAGGCAGUGGAAGCACAUGGGCGCCGCAACUGGACCCUCAUAGCGCGGAGCGUAGAAAACCGAUCCGAGUAUCAGUGUUUUGUGCACUAUCAGACCAACUUUUCGGAGCUAUCACAGAUUAAAAGGCAUCCCUGGACGCCGGAGGAAGAUGAGCUACUGAUGCGGCUAGUAAAAGAAAACCGAAUCGGGAACAACAUCAUAUGGAACAAAGUAGUGGAGCGCAUGCCGUUUCGCAACAAGGUGCAGGCAUACCAUCGCUACAAGUACACGCUGCUGCGGCCACUGCGAGGGGCCAAGUUUACGGCCGAGGAAGACUGUGUCAUUACGGCGUACGUGCAGCAGUACGGCGAUGACUUCCGCUACUUCCAGGAGAACCUGCUGCCGGGCAGGACGUCGAAACAGAUACGGGCCCGGUACAUGAACACACUGCGCUUCGUCAACACGCACGUGGGCUGGAGCCUGGAGGAAGACAAACGCCUGAUGAGCUACAUCGCGGACCACUUUACGGAGGAGGGCGCUCAAAAGAUAUCCUGGGCCGACUGCUCCAAACACCUCGGCAACCACUCGCGGCUCAGUUGCCGCACGCGGUACUACACCAUCAAAAGGUUUCUCGAGGGCCAUCCGAACGCGGCACUAGAGAAUGUGCCGAGGAGAGAGAAGAAAAAGCUUUCCUCCAAGGUGACGGACAAGAAUUGGAUUAAAACCAUUGUGGAAAUCAAAAGCACCCCGAAGGCUGUACAGAAACCGGGCGAACCGUUCGAGUUCGGACGAUCGCCGGGAAUCGAGAGCGGCCUGUACGAGCAGAUGAAGUUUAGCUUUCGGUACAAGUUCGGUCACAAGCUGGCCGUCGACGCGAGAACCAAUCACGUGUUUACGGGGACCAAAAUACUGCUCUAUCUGCUGGAAGGCUUUCAAGAGCCGUCGCCCGAAAAGUUGAAGCAAGCGAAAGAGGAAGCACUGUUAAAGGCGGUGCUGGCGUGUCCUCUAGAUUGGCCCAACCUCGUGUCGAUUAUGCAUCCCAAGAUGACACUGUCGGGGGACGCGAUGCUCUUUUGUCGCAUUCCUCCCAGCUACAACACGGUGCUGGGUUUGCGGGGUGUUUGCCUCAACGCUUGCAGCGAGCAAGCGAAACAAACGCUACCCGAGCAAAGGGUAAAAAAAGUUCGCUCGUUUGACCCUGGCCCGUACGACCAGGCGAUCGGCGUGUUUGUUGAGCGAUUCCGUAAGAUAUUCCACUGGACCAUGCUUCUGAUGAUGCUGAACAUUGACGAUGUAACGCUAGAGGGUGGCGAGCACGACAAUCCCGCGCUGACCAGUACGACAAGUAGCAAAGCCACGACCGAUCUGCAGCUUAAAUCGAUGGAGAACAAGGUUCUCCACCGGUCGAUGGACAAGCUGUCCAACUCAUCGUACUGUGAUUUGCUGCUGCCCGAACAGGCAGGAGGCACAAGUGGAACAUCUCUGCCAGCUGCUAAUAGCAACAGCAUAAAUCGCAUUGCCAGUAUCACGAUAAUCGACCCCAAGGAUCUUCCGACUGCUUCGAACGACAAAUGCAGAGCCAACGUCCCGGGGCAGGGAACUGAAUUUAAAUGUCGGCAAUAUCUGUCCGAACCAUCGGCUGCUGGUAGCAAAGUGCUACGAUCUACUCCUACGUCGAUCGAAGCGAUUGAAUACCGAAAGCCUGCUGCCUGUAUAAUCCAACCGGAAGCCAAGUCCCAAAGCCCUGGGAUGGUUUCUUCUUCCGUUAGUGCCCUUCACAGUAUGGCUACCGGCGUACUACCAAAUACGAUCCCAUGCACUGUUAUCCAAGUGCCAGAAGAAAUAUCAUUCGUGCAACAGCAACUGGUGAACGCUGAGGCUCACAUUGCCUCUCUCCCUGAAGCGCCUGGCGGUGAUAAGCAUGAUUCACGCGAAACGGCUGGCGGUACUAGUACUCUGCACCAUGAGCAGCAGGCAGACGUUAAACUGGGGACUAUUGAGGAGCAAGAGUGUCCCAAACGGCUGAACGAAUCUAAUGCUGCAUUGUGCACAGUAGUGGGCAGACUAGUCAAUCACCUGCCUGAAGUAGCUCUGCAGGAGGAGCUAGAGAGCAAUGCACGUGCAGACUGCAAAGGGGAUACGGUCUGCUGUCCCGUUGCAACGACUAGCGAAGAUAUUGUAAUGGUCGAUAUUGAUUACCCGCCUACGGGCGAUUCGAUGGCCACAGAACCGCCCAACGCUGGUAGCGACAAGCAAGACCUGCGAUACGUAGCGGCAAAGGAACAGAACGACACGUUGGUCCCAUACGAGCGAACGAUUACGGUGCAUAGCAUUGUUGCUUCAGAUGGCGAAAGACAAACAACUGUUGUGGCAGCACCUCCGAAGAAUGGUGAACAAAAAGCUUCCAAGAGGGCGGACCGCGAUGCUGCAUCGGAAACAGUUCCACGGCAAAACGAAGCGAACCGAGAGGGUGUGUCAAAUGUUUGCAGCCUAGGAGCCAUUGACCGACGGCGACCAACCGCUUACCGCCGUUGAUAUAAUCCGAAUGUUGCACUCCCGACGCAACGCCCAGCAGACCGAAGACGACAGCGACAGCGACAGUGAGCAGGAGUUUUCGCAUUUGCCAAACCCCUUACGAGGACCCGAAUGAAAUAGGUUUCCAUCAUUGCGAUGCAUUGUUUAUUUAUACUCAUGUCCCCACGCGCAAAUACAUAAAAUCACGAAAAGGAUUAGUCAGACAGUCA